ACACCUCUCGCGAGAACACAAUUCUGGUGGCGCCAAUAAACAAGCACUAAGAACGGGAAGUUUAGGCUACAGCUAGAGUUGUAGUGUGUUUUGGUAAUUGAAUUUAUUUUGAUGACCCAGACCUACUUUGAACUUCGCUUGUAGAUUAAGAAACAAACACUGUCCUAUAUACAUUUGGAUUUUUUGGAAGAAGAAUUAUGUCGGAUGCCCUGUCAGACUGCGGCAGCGACGCGAGCCACGAUGGCGGUCAGGAGGACGUCAUGACUCCGGCAGAGCUGAUCGAAAAACUGGAAGAAGCUUGGCUCAAUGAGAAGUUCUCCCCGGAGCUGUUGUCGAACAGAUCGGAGGUGGUGGAGUGUGUGAUGGAGCAGCUCACUCACAUGGAAGCCAACUUACAGCGUGUGAAGAAAGGUGAUGCUAAGGCCAGCAUCCACCGCAUGGAAAUAGACAGGAUCCGCUUUGUUCUGAGCAGCUAUCUACGUUCCCGUUUGCAGAAGAUUGAGAGAUUUUUUCCUCACGUCUUGGAGAAGGAAAAAUCUCGAGGUGAGGGUGAGCCUUCUCUGCUCUCACCUGAGGAGUUUGCCUUUGCCAAAGAAUAUCACGCCAACACGGAAACCUAUCUGAAAGCUGUAGCACUAAAACGAAUGCCCCCCAACCUACAGACAGUGGAAUUGCUUAAAGCAGUCCCUGAACCCUGCUUGGACUCCUUUGUGUUCCUGCGAGUAAAGGAGCCUCAGGAGAACAUCCUGGUGGAACCUGAAACAGAUGAUCAGAGAGAGUACGUUGUGGAUCUCGAAGAAGGUUCUCAGCACCUGAUGCGGUACAGAACCAUAUCUCCACUAGUCUCCAGUGGAGCUGUUCAGUUAAUUUAAAUACAGAGGUCUAUCAUUAGGUGUGAAUGCAGGAGGUAGUGAAUUGAGAUCUGACUCACGUUUCAUCACAUAUGCUAAUGAGAACUGAACAUGCGUCAGGUCAGGACACACAUUCUUGAAAACACCUGAGGCUGAUGUAGUGUCUCAGCCUCAGGAAAUGAGAUUCGGAGGACAUCUGCUAACAGCAAAUGUACAAUCAGUGCUAAUGAGAAGUGAAAGCUGUGAGGGAACUGGCUUCAUCAGACCCUGGACCAUGCUGUGAAGCUGUGGUGUUAUUUUUGGACCCUUUUAGUUUUGGUUGGAUGGAUAAUUAUAAUAUGAUGUGUUAGACUUGGCCUCUUUAGACACACUCAAAUGUGAUUAUCCAGAUGAAUUAUAUCACUGUCACUGUUUUUUUCCUCAUAAAUGAGCUAAUUGUACAAAAAUGAUCUCACCAUCUUUGUCUAUAUUUUCAUAGAGCUGUUAGUUUUUGUAUUGUGUGUUUGUUUUGUUGUUUUUAAAGAAUUGUGUGCACAGUGUAACUGCAUGUAAAGCCAAUGUAUCACCUUCUUUAACUUUACACAUAAUGAAGCCUCUCUUGAUGGCUUCACUCAGACCCUGAGAAAGUAUUCAUGAUAUAAGGUUAAGAGUUCUGUUAGGUAACUGGAAAACUAAAACUGAAAAAAAUGAAAAAGCCUCUUGGAUGAGAGGUGAAAUGCCUUUGAGAAAAAUUCAUGUCCAGUUGCCUAACAAAACUCUUUAACCUUGACUAUGACCUGGAUGACUGAGAAUCUUCGUAGACAUAUUCAUGAGUUUUUUCUGAGAAUGUUCUUAAAGCGGUCCUCCUUGCUUGCAUAUUCAUAAGGUAGUACUCACUAAUUUUGAUAACAAAAUUACAAAAAUAAAAUUAGAUUUAAAAAAAAGUA